UUGAGUGAGUUGUUGUGAGUGAGAGUGAGCAGCACAGACCUUUUGAGAGACCCUUACCACAGCCCGGCGAGGCGCAGUGUUCAGAAGAGUUGCUAUUUGAGAGUUGGUAACUCUAGACAAGGACUGGUAGGGUUGACGAGAGGACGCGGGGCAGGCAUGGGUUGCAGCCACAGCAAGAGGAAAAACAAAGUGAAAGAGGAAGAGAAGACUGUGAAAGAGGUCAACAACAGUCAAGAUGGAGAAGGAGGUAAAGUCCCUCUGGAGGAGCUGAACGUGGGUCUAGAAACUGAGAAGCAGCUGGGUCACUAUGAGUGGCAGCUGAAGAUCCUACGGGAGGUGCUGUCUGCCUCUGGGACCCAGGAGAGGGAGGAGCUACUAAAAGACCCAACCCAAGGAGAGCUCUGUGCCCUGGUCCACAACAUAAUUGAGAAGGUGAAAACAGAGACGGCUUCUGACCUGACUAUUGUCUACGGGGAGAAGAGCCAGAGGACUGCAGAGCAGCACGAGAGACAGCUGGAAGAACGGCAGAGGAUACAGAGUGAAGAGAGAAAACGGCUAACAGAGACACACCAGGCAGCAGAGAAAGUGUUGACGGAGGAGGUAGAGGAGCUGACUACAGAGCUCCACGUGUACAAUGAGUUAAAGAAGAGAGUUGACGAGUCUACCUUCAAGAAGGACCUGCAGCGGAACAUUCAGGCCCAUGGCAGUCCUGGGCCAUUCUGGGAGCAGGAGCAGGAGAGUCUGCUGUUUGUCAUUGAGAUGAAGAGUGAACGUAUUCAGGAGCAGGGGAACAAACUGCUACAGAUGCAGGUUCUGGUGGAGAAGAAUCUGUCUCUGGAAGACCAGGUCAUAAAUGUUUUACAGCAGAACGAGGACCUGAGAGUUCGGAUUGACAACCAUCAAAGCCUUGUACAGCAGCUCUCCAAGGAGCACCAGGACCUCCAAGGGACGUUAGACAGGCAGACAGGUCUCUGCCAGAGGCUCACACAGGAGAAAGAGCAACUCAUGUUUAAACUGAAGCACAGAGACUCCUGUUCUACCUUCCCAUCCUUCCCCAUAGUGUCUGAGAUCUCCCCCAGCUGAUCCACCCAGACCGAACAGGACAAUCGGUUACUUCUGUCUUAAUCCUGUGUAGGGUUGCAAGCAUGGAUCCGUUAACUUUCCCAAAAUUCUAAAAUGUUUUUUUUUCAGUAAUCCCUGAUUUGGAGGAUUCCAAGAAUUAGGACGUAGCAAUAUGCAAGGAGGGAUUUCUCCAACCUGGAAUUCUUCAAGUCAAAUUUCUGAAAAAUCUGGGGAUUUUGGGAACGUAAUCCUACAUUGACAACCAAAGUCCAGGUACCUUUACAAAGGGCUAUAGUCACAUGUUUGAUGGAACCUGAUGCCAAAAAAUGUAGAUUAUUUUUUUCUUCCAGUGUUAUACCUGCUGUGCCUUACAGUACAUAAUGUUUCUGUAGCAGUAUGGUAUUCAUACCA